CCCUAGUUGAGUUUGUAGAGUUCAGUCAGGGAUGGGUUAAAUGAGCUCGAGCUGAAGGGCUCAUCAUAUCUGAGGCAGCAGAAGGAAACGCGCUCAACAUUUGCGCUCCGGUCCUCCAGCGCGACGCGACGCGUGUUCUCUUUCCAACUCGCGGGAAUAACCACAGCACUCUCAUCGCUUCAGCUCUGCGCGGAUGCAUCUUUAAACACCUCCGCACAGAUUAGCAAAGAGCCGCUGGUCUCCUGAAGGUCCAUUUGGAUGCUGGACCUCGGAGCCGCGUCCUUCCCAACAGGCUGAGCACGAUGCCCGGCCACCACUGGAUAUAAAUGACAGAUCAAAGUGUGUGUGACAACCAGAGGCUGCAUGGGAGAUGAACGCAGCCGCCAAACAUCAGCCUGAUCUGCUAGAGAGACCUGCCAGCCUCCUGGUGCCAACAUGGAUGAAAACCGGACUUGCCCUUUUGCACGACGAACUCACAAGUAACUCCUACGACGUUCGUUUAAAGUUAACGAAAGAGCUGUUAAUCAUCCAGAAACAGGAUGUGGUUUGCGUGAGCGGUGGCGACUCCCAUCUAAAUCACAGAACUGUUGUACUUCGAAGACAGGUGACUGGAGGUCUCGGUCUGAGUAUCAAAGGGGGAGCAGAACAUAAAGUGCCUGUGGUCAUCUCAAAGAUUUUCAAAGAUCAAGUAGCCGAUCAGACGGGGAUGCUGUUUAUCGGCGACGCCGUGUUGCAGGUCAAUGGCAUUAACGUGGAGAAGUGUACACACGAGGAAGUCGUUCAUCUUUUGCGGACGGCAGGGGAUGAAGUCACCAUCACUGUACGCUACCUCAGGGAAGCGCCGGCCUUCUUAAAACUCCCAUUAGGUUCACCCGGACCAUCCAGUGAUCAGAGCAGCAGGGCGUCCUCGCCGCUUUUCGACAGUGGUUUGCAUUUAAAUGGGAACUCGAACAACACGGCCCCGUCGUCGCCCUCCUCACCUUCGGCUAAUGAACCAAAGUAUGAGAAGCGCUGGCUGGAUGCCGUCAGCCUCCCUCUGUUCAUGGCUCGAAUCUCUCGACGCAAAGCUGGAACUGACAAAUUAAGAUCGAACAGUUUUGAAGUCAUUGCCUUAGAUGGAGUUUGCACGCACGUUCUUCAGUUUUGCACUGCAACUGAAAGCACAGACUGGCUUCAAGCAAUAUCAACCAAUAUCAACGAUUUGACCCAGGAGAGCAUAAAAAUGGCAAAUAAAUACUGUUCUCCUGAUGAUCAGAUUGUCCACAUGGGUUGGGUGUGUGAACACCUGCAGGGCGGCGACGUCGAGCUCGUUCACAGCUGCAGGUUCCUGGCGCUGAGAGGAUCUUCUCUCCUCGUCUUCAGGAGUCCUCCUAUCUUGGCAUCAGACUGGGUUCAAGCAGAGGCUAGUUUUCACCUCUGUGAGGUUCUUUUUAAGGUUCAUAAGCUGUGGAUAGCUGAAGACUGCUGGAUACAGAGCAGGUUUUAUCUGGGGCUCCAGCAGGACGGUGAGCUGCGGGACAGUGAACCCUUCUGCUUCAGUGUGCUGGUGGGUCACGGCCAGAGCUUCUGCUACAGCGUGGAGCUGGGCUCAGAGCUGGUGCUGUGGGAGAAAGCCUUCCAGAGAGCCGUCUUCAUGGAGGUGCAGAGAGUCCGGUCGAAGAGCUACAUGUGUGGAGGUGUGGGGGGGAUAUCGUGCUUCACACUCGACUUUGAGUCGGGCUUCUCCUGCUCCGACAGCAUCUCAAAGAAAACCAUCUGGAAAUACAAAUUCUCCCAGCUGAAGGGUUCAUCGGAUGACGGCAAGACACGAGUGAAGCUCCUGUUCCAGAAUUCAGAGAAUAAACAGAUCGAAAUGAAGGAGCUGGAGUUUGCUAAUCUGACGGCUGUGCUUCAUUGCAUUCACUCGUUCAUCGCUGCUAAAGUGGCCACGGUGGAUCCCGUCUUUGUCAACAAUCAAAGUCUCACGCAGAAGUACAUGUGAAACAUCCGUGUGUGACCAACAUGUACAGUCUCGCCUGGUUCUCUGAUUUUAUGCACAAUAUAUCUAGUUCUUGUUAUUUUUGUACGAAUCUUCUAAAUUCAGAGCGACGUUUAAGGAGCACUUUGAGUAGAUGAUAUUUUGACAUGCUUUGAGUUAUGAUUUCUUUCUUACCUACUAACACGAUCAAUCAUGUACCUAAACUGAUCAUGUAGCAGAGCAGAUGUUGACAUACGACAUUAUGAGUUGAUGCAUGAACUGCAUUUGACAAUUUACAGGGCAAAACGGGUGAAACGGAGACUUCCAGCUGUAAAAUCAACCAAACUAGAUGACUUUGUGUUCUUUUGCCCUUUGUUUUCUCUCCAGCGACUCAAACCUCUUCAUUUAGAUCAAAGAGUAUUAACAGCAAGUCAUAUAUAGGAUUUUUAAAGUCAGUUCUGAUGGUUUUCUCCUCUUGAAUUAAAGUGCUACCUACACUGAUUUGAUACGUGUUAUUAUGAAGUAGUCGUUUCAUUAACAGUAAAUAGACAGUCAUGCCAGCUACUGUCCUCAAAAACUGAUAUUUUCUAAAAAAUCAAGGUCCCUAAACUAUUGUUCUAUUUAGUUUGAUGUUAUUCCAGCUCUUUUUCUAAAUAAAGGAAUGAUUAGUUCAGUUCUGAUGG